UGCGUUUUUGAAGUUGCGCUCGGCGGGAAUUCUUAAACGGGAUCCUGAGUGAGGAAGCAAGGAUGAGAAAGCAAGACCCAGUGAUAGACAGAUUAGCCUUUCAGUUCAGCUUCUUUGGGUGUUCGAGGAAGCCCGCUGGGCCUUAGUGGCCACGGCGGUGAGGCAGGCGUGGACAGGGCUGACCAGUACAAGUUAAGGACGUUCGGGCCCAUGUUAACCCUGCCCUGUACGUCCAGCAUCGUAAGGAAAACAUUUGAGAACCCGAAGAGGAGAUGGAGCCUGCAAAUACUUUGUGGCCAGGCAGAGAGUGCAAAGGAGGUGUUUUAGUUCACCUGGAAAGACUAGAGGCUCAAACGAAUAGAAAGUUCGAAGAACCAACAGUUCGUGAAAAGGAAAGUUCUCUUAGAACCAAGAUCCGAGAACUGCAGCAGCAGCGAGAUAAGCUGAGAGCCGAAGUGAAGCGGCGGAGAGCCAGAGUUAAAGAAUCUUCUGCCAAAGAAGACCCAAGCAAAACAGAGAUUAGUGAACAGGAAGUUCUGGAAAAGCAGUGGAGAAACGUGAAAGGCACUCUGCAGGCAUAUCACUUUACAGGGCUCAGCGGGAAGUUGACGAGUCGUGGAGUCUGCGUGUACUUCAGCACCGCCUUUGAGGGGAACCUACUAGAUUCCUACUUUGUGGACCUCGUCAUAGCGAAACCACUCCGGAUUCAUCACCACUCCAUCCCAGUCUUCAUCCCUUUGGAAAAGAUAGCCACAGCACACCUACAGACCGAUGUUCAGCGCUUCCUGUUUAGUCUCUGGGAAUACCUAAAUGCCUACGUGGGAAGGAAGUACCAGGCAGACCAACUUGAGAGUGACUUCCAAGCUUUCCUCACGGGGCCUUUGCAGAGAAACACCCUGGGCAACUUGCUGUCGUUCACCUAUAAAGUGGAACAGAGACGCCAGACCUUCUCCUUCCGGGCCAGGCUGCUGUAUGAGGACCUCACAGCAGCUCUUCCCACGGAUGUCACUGUGACAAGGCCAGGUGUGGAAGCGUCAUCCCCUCACUGGGAACAGCACAGAGCAUCCCAUGAAAUGCUCUUCCGUACCAAGCCCCUGCACCAGGUGUUUGCUUCAUUUUCCAAAGAAACUGAAAGGCUGGAUUUGAGCCUGGUCUCCUGAAAAACCGUUUGACUAUUCCGGACCCAUGGGAAGUGAGCGCACUCUUGCUGCCUGCAGUCCUGGACCAGCCAGCAAGAGCUGUUGGCAGAGUGCCUGGGCACCACCAUGAGAACAGAUACCCACUCGUGGGAUGGCAAGGAGCUUGUCCGUAUCUGUAGGCACUGGGCAGUCUGGACAGUGCUCCAGAGUGCUGCUUGGUCACGCAGUACAGGCUCCAAAACAUCUCUUCCUCCUAUAGCUGCCAGUGUUGAUUUGAUCGUAUGCAUAUAUUCUUGCUGGAAAUCCGCUAAAAUGCGGGUAAUUGAAGACCUUUUGUGAGCAUCUCUAGCUUUUGUGGGAGCUAUAAAUCUAUGGUGGGCUUGUGGUUAAGAAGAGAAAGUGUUUUUUAGCCUUUGGUUUAGAGCAGCAUGUUCUAGUCCACUAUUUGGUGGGAGACAGUAUUUGUAUACUCGGGGGUUCUGUGUUUAUAUUGUUUCCUGUAACAAUUUGGCAGAGAAGAAAAUGCAUUAAGUCACUUUAAGGAAACAUUGUUGGAAAUCUGCACAAGGGGCCGGGGAAGCUCCCCAUCAUGGCUCCCUCCUGCGAGCUCCAGGCAUGGCUGCCCUCUUCCCACCUUCUCUCUUUAGCCAAGGGUCUGUGGUGUGCCACAUGUGUCGGGCCCUUGACAUCUUUAGGCCUGUCUGCUGCUCAGGUUCUUCCUUCACGAUGCCUGCCCUUCCUCUGCUAGUCCCCAACAGGAUCUUUACUCCACAGGCCCAGCACCUGGGCUUCACUCUAAAUUAGCUGCUUCCAUAUCUAGGCCAUGCUCCCCCAUGCGUGGAAGGUGAGCCAGCAUGGGUCCCCAGUAGAGGUGUGGAAUAAAGGCUCAUGGUGUGGGGUGAGACGUCUGCGUCACAGUAACAGAAUUGCCACAACAGUCCUGUCAAGUUGAGUAAAGCUUUUAAUAAAACAGUCCUGUUCUGUAUCAA